UAAGAUUCCACGUUGUGCUAAGAUACAUUAAACUAUGAGACUAUCAGAAGCAACAUGCUAACGUGGAGAUCAAGAAUGGACAUGACCUAACACAUUCAUUCAUGUUUCGGUCAUUUAAAUGGAUUCCACAUGAAUAAAAGAUCUUUGGGGGAGAUUAGAACUUUGAUCUCACUGAAACUAGGGCAAUGAAGAAGUAAGUUCGUGCAUAUAGAGAGAGGCCCAUGAGGACAAGCUUCAAAGAGGCAGAAUGUGCAAAGGAGAUGACUAGUAAACAAAGUUCUAGCAUAGUAAACAAAGUUCUGAGCGUGUCUGGUUCGGAUACUAGAGUGUUAGAGGAGCUAGCGAGAAAAGGUAAAAUCUUAAUACUCUAGUUCCAAAAGAGGGUUUAGUCAAAGAUUAAUGACGAACGUAAUGGGCCUUGUUAGAAGCCCAGUUUAGGUAAAAGCCUUGGAGCUUUCGACUUCCCGUUCUUCCCUCUCUUGCUUAAGGCUCCAGCACCAGCCGUCGUUGUCGAUCUGAUGCUGAAAUAAAGAAGGCAACCUGAUACGAUCAUAUGCGUAUCUCUCUGAUAUGCAUAAGACGCUGGGCGCAGUACGCCUCGCAUACCGCUCGCGCAUCGCUUACCUCGUGAAAUCAGGUACGAUCGACAACGCAGUUCAGGUGUUCGACGAAAUGCGUCACUCAAGCUACCGAGUUUUCUCCUGCGAUUACAACCGUUUCAUCGGGGUCUUGGUCAAGGACUCGAGAUUCGAGCUUGCUGAGGCAUUGUAUAAGGAUAUGACGCCGAUGGGGUUCUCAUUAAUCCCCUUCACUUACUCGAGGUUUAUCUCGGGUUUAUGUAAAGUUAAAAACUUUGAUCUCAUUGACGCUCUUUUGAGGGACAUGGAAGCUCUCGGAUACGUACCAGACAUAUGGGCGUUCAACAUUUACUUAGAUCUGUUGUGUAGAGAGAGAAAGGUUGGUUUUGCUGUUGAUACAUUCUUUUGUAUGGUUAGGAGAGGUAGGGAGCCAGAUGUUGUGUCUUAUACUAUACUUAUUAACGGGUUGUUUAGAGCUGGUAAGGUCACUGACGCGGUUGAGAUUUGGAAUGUAAUGAUUCGUAGUGGGGUUGGUCCGGAUAAUAAAGCUUGUGCAGCACUUGUUGUUGGGUUGUGUCGUGCUCGGAGAGUUGACCUGGCUUAUGAGAUGGUGGCGGAUGAGAUCAAGAGCGCUAGAGUUAAGCUUAGUGCGGUGGUGUACAAUGCGUUGAUUAGCGGGUUUUGUAGAGCGGGUAGGAUAGAAAAGGCGGAGGCUUUGAAGUCGUUUAUGAGUAAGAGCGGGUGUGAGCCGGAUCUUGUUACGUACAACGUGUUGUUGAAUUAUUAUUAUGAUAACAAUAUGGUGAAGAAAGCGGAAGGGGUGAUGGGGGAGAUGGUGAGGAGUGGGAUACAGCCUGAUGUUUAUAGUUAUAACCAGUUGCUUAAGCGGCGUUGCAGGGUUGGUCAUCCGGAUAAAUGCUAUUCCUUCAUGGUGAAAGAGAUGGAGCCUAGAGGUUUGUGUGAUGUUGUCUCCUACAGCACUCUGAUUGAAACGUUCUGCAGGGCGUCAAAUACUAAGAAGGCUUACAAGCUCUUUCAGGAGAUGAGACGGAAGGGGAUAGCGACGAAUGUGGUGAUCUACACGAGUCUUAUCAAGGCUUUUCUUAGGGAAGGUAACUCUAGUGUUGCGAAGAAGCUUCUUGAUCAGAUGACGGAGUUUGGUUUGUCACCAGAUAGGAUAUUUUACACAACGAUUCUGGACCAUUUGUGUAAAUCGGGAAAUCUCGACAAGGCUUAUGGUGUUUUCAGGGAUAUGAUUGAGCAUGGGAUUACACCGGAUGCGGUUUCGUACAACGCUCUUAUAAGUGGUCUCUGCAGGUCUUGUAGAGUAACUGAAGCGUUGAAAUUGUUUGAGGACAUGCAGAGUAAGGAAUGUUGUCCUGAUGAGUUAACUUUUAAGUUCAUUAUUGGAGGACUCGUAAGGUUAAAUAAACUAUCGGCAGCCUACAAGAUUUGGGAUCAGAUGAUGGAGAAAGGUUUCACCCUUGAUAGAGAUGUGUCUGAUGCACUCAUCAAGGCUAGCUGUUCAGUGAGUGCUGAUGCGUAGGCAUAGUACGGUUAUAUACACCUUUAAAGUUGUCAACCGUGUCUUCUCCUGUGAAACAGUUGCCAUCUUAAUCAAAGUAUGGCGGCAUGGAGAUGCUGAUACAGAGCCAUUUAGCCUCUGCUGAUGCAUGCUGCUGCUUGGAGAGAAACAAGAAACUUUAAUCAGCUGACUUGACAUUGAUACUCCUGAAGGAUCAUCAUUUAUGGUCAUUGAAGUCAUCCGUUCAGUUUAAUCCCGUUCCUCAGAAAUAUUACAGUGAGGACGGAUCGUAUUGGACUGAGAGAAGGAGUUUUCUUUUUAUGUAUCGGCACAUCAAGCUUGAUGUUUUGGAUAUAAGAGCUCAAUCGAUCUAUUCUGACUCGAGAAACUGCAUUUUAAAGGCUGAAAUCCAGAAGGUUAGCUCAGACUUCAUCUCAGGACUUUGUUUCAAUGUUUCAAAGUGGGUCAAAAUGCUUUAUUAGUCUUAUCAUAUUCUGCAUAUUUUCAUACACUGAUCGGGAACCUGUAACUGUAAGCUCUUAUCUCUCUCUCUUUCUCUCUCCAAGAACCCAACUGAAUAUCUUGUAUUUAUUUAUUUAUUUCUCUUCCAAACAAUUUUUGAUGAAAAAUAAAGGGGAUGAUUAGAACGAAAAAUAUGUAAAAAAAGAUUACUUG